UUUCCUUCCUGUGCUCCCAGGGAUCAGGAACAGGAUCUGGGUCAAACAGAAUUUUCCAGGUUCUGUUUAACCAGGAUCUCCUGGCCUGCCUGAGCUCUUCUCAGUUUCCCAUUUCUGCCAUCCCAGCACUGCCAGAUUCUCAUUUCAGCAGUUCCUGGAGUUAAUAAUAUUUCCACAUUCUGAAUAAUUAAUAUUUCAGCUCUCCUGAAGCUCUCCCAAUGUGAAUCUCAGCUCCAGAAAAAUCAAGAUACUUUAGGAAACACAAUAUCCACCUGGGAGUUCUCUUCCACCACAGGAGCCCAGCUUCACCUGCAGCUCCCACUCCUACUCCUGGCCCAAACUGUAUUUUCACCUUUAGGACAAUGCACCUGAUGGAAGGGGAGUUACCCACCUCCAUGUCAGGCAGCUGUGGGGCCAGCAUCAAUGGGAAGCUGUACAUUUUUGGGGGAUUUGAUGAUAAAGGAUACAGCAAUAGGCUGUAUUAUGUCAAUUUGAGAACAAAAACCGGAACCUACAGGUGGAAAAAAAUCACAAAUUUUAAAGGUCAACCUCCCACACCUCGGGACAAACUCUCCUGCUGGGUGUACAAAAACAGGCUGGUUUAUUUUGGAGGUUAUGGCUGCAGGAAGCACAACGAGCUCAGUGAUUGCUUCGAUGUCCACGAUGCAUUUUGGGAAGGACAGAUAUUCUGGGGAUGGCACAAUGAUGUUCAUGUUUUUGAUACAAGCACACAGACCUGGUCUCAGCCAACAAUUCGAGGUGGAGAUCCACCUCAGCCUCGAGCAGCUCACACGUGUGCUGUGCUGGGAAAUAAAGGUUACAUCUUUGGAGGACGAGUGCUGCAAACCAGAAUGAAUGAUUUGCACUGCCUGAAUUUAGACACUUGGACGUGGUCUGGAAGGAUUAAUAUCAGUGGAGAGAAGCCCAGAGAUCGCUCCUGGCACACGCUCACCCCCAUAGGGGAGGACAGACUUUUCCUUUUUGGAGGACUAAGCUCUGAUAAUGUUCCUUUGAGUGAUGGUUGGAUCCACAGCAUUGCAACAAAUGGAUGGAAGCAGCUCACCCACCUGCCCAAGAGCAGGCCCAGGUUGUGGCACACAGCCUGCCUUGGGCAGGAGGGAGAGGUGAUGGUGUUUGGGGGCAGCAAAGAUGAUCUGCUUUUCAUGGACACGGGUCACUGCAGUGACUUGUUGAUAUUUCAGACUCAGCCUUACUCCCUGCUCAGGCUGUGUCUUGACUGCAUUGGGAAGAACGCAGCUCUCUUGGAGAAGCAAAUUCCCUGUUUGCCACCCAAACUUGUGCAGGAAGUGCUGAAAAAAAUCACCUUUUGGGCUGCCAUGACCCACAGGCAGGAGAGGAAGGCUGAGACUGAGAGACAAAGCCAGCUGCACUGCACAUGAGGCAGGCCAGGGACACCUCCCAGGCUCUGUCCAGAGCUUGGAGCUCUGCUGCAUUUCUGAGGGAAGUUUGACAACAAAUCCUUUUUUUAGGAAUCUCUCCUUUCCUGCGUUAUGGAGAACUGAUCCAACUUCAUUUCUAGAUAAUUGUUCACCUCUGCUCUCGUGGUUUUGGCCACACAGCCCUGCCAACCUUUUGUUCUUUUGGAAGGAUCCAUUUCAGCUGGAUAAAAUAUGGUUUAAAAACCCUCCUUGGCCUUACCUCCAUCAGUCUUCCCAAAAGGAUAAAUUCACCUCGGUGUCUUGGGGACAUUCACACUUUGUCAGUCUCAAAGGUAACAAAUUUACCACCCCCAAAUGUUGCUUCUACCAGGCUCUGACCAAAAUCCAACCCUGGAGCCUCACACCUCACUCUCCAAGUGGGAAAAUCCACCUGGGAAUUGUGGAACUUGGCAGAAGAAGCUGCAACAUCACCUGGUCUC